UAUAUUAUAUGGAGUACUUUGUUUUGUUUUCAUUGUUCUUGUAUAUGACUACAAUUUGUAACACGAUGCAUAUUUUAGUAUCGUUUAAACAGGUAAGCCUACAUACUUUUUUUUCUUCUCUCUAUUCGUAGUAACACAAUGCAUAUUCUAGUAUCAUUUUAUGGGUACAUCAACAUACAUUUAUUUCUCUAUUCAUUAUAACACGAGGAAAUACUAGUCAAUCAGCCUGAUUGAUUUGGGAUCUAAUUCAGGGGGUAUUUUUGACUUUUUAACUUCUAAGUAUGGGGUAAAUAUGUCAUUUAACACGGAUGUUGCUGAAACGUUAACAUGGACUUGGAUUUGUUGACUGUCGAAUUCGUCAGUCAAACUCGAACACUUCCGUUACUCUGGUAACUUCACUUUCCCAAACUGUGAACCCUAAUUCAAUCCCAAUGCGAAAUCAUCUUCUUCGAACCUAAGUCGAACUCCUCUGCCAAUUCAAUUGUGGAGCAAUCCCAACCAGUUCUUCGGACAAUUGAAUUCCAACCAGGUUUUGGUGUAAAUUCAAUCGACGAAAUCGAAUCAUUGUAUGCUACGAGUAGUUGUUUCCUUCUCAAUGAAUUUGUUUACAUAUCUUUUAACGUUUUCGAAUUGCUUAAUUACUAGUACGAUUUCAAAUUGGUUGAUUGUUCAUGAAUUGCUUCACAUUGUCUGCGUACUUGAAUUGCUUGAUUACUUUUUAGAAUUGCUUGAUUAGUGAUGGUUAUAAUGUUCACUGUGUUUAUAAGUACUGUUGAACUCAGUACAAAUAACCCAAUUUUAAUUCAAAAAACCGGAAUAAAUUACCUGGGAUUACAAGUAAACCAGUACAGUUGUGUUGCUCGAUCAACUUUCGUUUAAGUCAUCUUCCGAAAAUCCAGUAGAUCUAGAUGAAGGGACGAAGAAUUGAAGAUAGCAAUAUGGAUCAACAGAUCUACCCAGUAGAGAAAGAGAGGAAGUAUAUAUUUUGUUUUAAAAUUUUCAUUUACCCGUUUAACUUUGACUUCAGGACGUUACUUGCUACCGUAAUUAACGCCCACUUUCCAUCCAUCAAAAAUUCCGUACAAAUGAAUUUUAUAAUAUUAUCAAGUACAGUAUAUGGCCCAUAAUAGUGGCUGAUUGACAAAAUUUCGCCAAUCAGGCUGAUUGUCUGGGACGAGCUCUAAUAACACAAUGCAUAUUCUAGUAUCGUUUAUACGGGUAAACCAACAUUUAUUUAUUCCUCUAUUAAUCAAAGGGUGUGUAAACCUACAAUUAUUUGAUAAAAGAAAAGAUAAUUAUAGUCAUCAUCAAAUUAUUCCAACACUUAGAUUAUUUGUAUUUAAUCAAGUUGACAUUACUUACUAAAUAAAAAAUAGAGACCUAAUUUAAAAAUUGCCAAGCUAAUUAUGUAUAAGAUGGUUAAGAAAAUCCUUUUCAAGCUAGACAGUACACAUGUGAAGAAUCAUCCAUAUAUACUCCCUCAUCAACCCAUUGUUCACCUAAUUAAGCUACGUACAUAUUAAUGAAAACAAAAACUAGAACUCACCAAAAAAAAAAAAAAAAAAAAAAAAACUUGAAGAUGAAUUCUUCUACCAUUAAUCACAUUUCUGAAUUCUUUGUGAAGCCAAAAUAUGUUGUUGAAGAAUCAAAACACGAGCCUUGUCAUCCUGCUCCCAUAGAUUUAAUCAUGCUUUCUUUCCAUCACAUCCAAGUCGGUCUCAUGUUCACCAAAUCUUCCCAUCUAAACGAUCAAGAGUUUUCGAUCCAUUCGUUCCUUGAAGGUCUCAAGGACUCUCUUUCCCUCACCCUCGUUCAUUUCUACCCUCUGGCAGGUCAACUUGUCACGGAGGUUGAUGAAGAAAAGCAUGAAUGUCGCGUCUAUGUAGAUUGCAACAAGGGUCCUGGGGCUAGAUUUAUCCACGCGGCUUUAGGUGUGACCGUUUCUGACAUUCUCUCCCCAAAGGACGUACCUUUGGUUGUUAAGUCAUUUUUUAACCUCAAUGAGGAGGUUGUGAACUACGAUGGUCACACAAAACCUUUGUUGUGUGUCCAAGUCACUGAGCUCCUAGAUGGGGUGUUUAUUGCGUGUUCCAUAAAUCAUUGUAUUACUGAUGGGACUUCAUAUUGGCACUUUUGGAACAAAUGGUCCGAAAUACAUAGAGCUAAUAACAACCAAAAUAAUCAAAUUUAUGAGUCACAUUGUCUACCAAUCCACAAACGUUGGUUUCCCAACGGAUGUGAUCCCCCUAUUCCCCUUCCCUUUACCCACUGCGAUGAAUUCAUAAGAAAAUUUGAACCUUCUCAGCUUAGAGAUCGAAUCUUUCAUUUCUCAUCCGAGUCUAUAACAAGGUUAAAAGCCAUAGCAAACAAGGAAAGUAAUGCCGAAAAUAUUUCUUCCUUUCAGGCCUUGUGUGCACUUGUUUGGAGGUCGAUAAUUAGAGCAAGUCGACUACUUAAUGAUCAAGUCAUCUAUAGUGAUAUAAUUGCCAAUACUAGGCACAGGUUAGAUCCGCCUUUACCUGAAUUCUAUUUUGGAAACUCUAUCAAAGAGGUCACUACAAGUACUACAACUAGUGAUUUACUUGAAAAUAAUCUAGGGUGGGUGGCAUCAUUGUUACACCACUCGGUAGCAAGUCUCAAUGACAGAUUUGUGCGUGAUUCAAUCAAUGAAUGGCUGCAAUCUCCUUUUUGUUUACAUCAUGCAGAGCUAUAUGACUAUAACAAGGUAACAAUCGAACAAUCGCCAAGGUUUGACAUGUAUGGCAAUGAGUUUGGGCUAGGGAAGGCGGUAGCAAUUCGUAGUGGGUAUGCAAACAAAGCUAUGGGGGUGAUAUAUGCUUACCCGGGACAUGAAGGAGGCAGAGCUGUGGAUCUCGAAAUAUGCUUGCCACCUGAUUCGAUGAAUACUCUCGAAUUAGAUGAAGAAUUCAUGGCCUGUGUAUCAUUGCCGGAGUGAGGGUGUACUAUGUUCAUCAUAUUAAAAUUUUAUUUAAUUGUUGUCAAAUUAAUUUUCAAAUUAGUUUACAAUUAUUGUUGAAAUGCCAUGAGCCUUUUUGGGGUUGUACAUGGCUUGAGUUCUUGACUAUUAGUAUUAUCUUUCUUGGUUUACACAUAAUAAUUUGGUUUUUUACAAUUAGCAAGGUUAAAAUCUUUAACACAAAUUUCAUUGUAAUUGGUCAAUAACC